AUGGACUUCAAAUACUGGGGAGACAUUACUAGGCUGUUCGGCGGGAGGCUGAACAAACACCAAGAAAUAGAUACUGAUAAUAUGACUAGACCCAGCAUAUCUAAUACUAGCCCCAAGUUCGUGUGCAUUGAAUGCGUAACGUUUCGAGCUGGUGACAAGAAAACCUAUUGCUACGAUCUGCAGAUCGAGACCGAGCGGGAAACAUUUUUGGUUCCGUUACGGGCAUUCCAAGGCUUGUGUUCCGUAAACCUUCCUCCAGUGAUUUCUUUGGACAGCGCCAUUGUGGGAAAACGCAAAGAAAAGACAGUGCUCCUGUCCAAUGAUGGCAACGCUGCUUCUACAGUAACACUAGUAGUGCCCCCUCCAUUCGACGUAGUCUUUGCAGUUGAAUCCUCCCAGUGCGGGGCUUUCGAUGCCCAAUUGGAAAUAAAAUAUGAUGACGGCCGCGUGGAAGUGAAACAGAUUCAGGGGACAGUGGUCGAGGGUGCAGUAGCCCUCUCAACUUCCUUCCUCAAGUUCGACACGACCUUUGUCAACCUGACGUGCGAAAAAACUGUUUGCAUUGAGAAUGACACCAACGAACACUUGCCGUUUUGGUGGUCCUUUGGGCCGUCGAACGACAUCAAAGACGCAUCGGAGCACAACCACGGUGUGUGCAUUUACUCUGUUGAGAGCAGAGAAAUGGGUCUCAAACUGCAACUUUAUGGAACGGGCACAGGGCCGCAAGUCAAGUUCACGAGGGCAGAGCUAGACUUUGGGGACGUUGUCGUGUACACAGAAAAGAUGCUUGAUGUGGAAAUCGUGAAUACAGGUGAUAUCGCUGCAUCAUAUUCUGUGAAGCCGCUCGCCGGUGCUUUCCCUCCAGGAACAGAGGUAAAUUUUAGCCCCAGCAGCGGAUGCAUUUGUAUUAACAAGGCUGAACGGGUGCAGGCAUCGUUCAGGCCAGCAUUCGUGGGGGAGUUCGAAGCCACCGUGCUGUGGGCGAUCGAAGCGUCUCCAGAAGACAUCGCUUUAAAGCUUAAGGGUCGAGCAGUCCCUCCCCAGAUUGAUUACGAUGUUUCGUCCAUUAACUUUGGAGUGAUUCCCUUUGGGUUUGAAGAAGUGCGCUCGGUUCAACUAACAAACACCAGUGACGCGCCGCAAACGAUCAAAGUGAAGGUUUUAAAGCGACUAGAUGAUACAUAUGGCGAUAUCAGCGUCAACCCUGAAGAGCUAACCAUACCUGCCGGCUCAUCCGGAAAGGUGGACGUCGUCCUUUGCCCUUCGAAGGCACAGGCUUACAUAGAAGAGAUUGCCUUUGGUCUUCCGGGCUUGAUUGACGAAUACUUCAUUUUGCCUCUUCGGGGUUCCAGCAAGACACCGCACGUUGCAUUGGAACCAGAAGGCACGCUCGUCUUCGACGACGUUUUCAUAAACACAACAGCAAGGAAGGCAUUCAUGAUUAGAAAUACUUCACGGCUUUCUGCUCAAUUUUCUGUCACCCUGGAGCAGGGUGGAGACAAUGUUGGCGCGGAGGUAUCGCCAUCAGAGGGCUUGGUUUCUCCCCUGUCGGCGGUCGCCGUUUCAAUCAUUCUCCAUCCGCUAGCUCCUGGCGACGUGCUAAUCACUUGCUGGGUAAGCAUCGCCGGCCUGGACAGUCCCUUUCAGCUGGAAGUUUCUGCUUGUGUUUCCGGUCCUAAACUCAAGAUCGAGCCAAAGGAACUCCAAUGGGGAAAGAUAAAAUGCCUUGACGAAGUGACACAGCAAGUUGAGCUAACCAAUAUUUCCCCGAUCCCAGCUUCAAUUCGCUGCUGCGUUCGGAGCAAACAUGGGUAUUUCACGGUGAAGAACCCAGAAAUGAUUUUGGAAGGAGGGGCUUCGGCGCCUGUUCAUGUAGUCGCAACCUUUCUUGAGGCGGUUGCUUCCACCGGACAGUUGGUAGUCUCUGCUGUUGACGGUCAAAGCCUGUUGGUUUAUUUGAAGGGCCAGGCGGUCGGCUCCCCUGUUGUAUUGGAGGAUUUUGGGUCCUGUACUGAUUUCCAGCAAGUCUGUACGAGCAACCCCAAGCGCAAAACCUUUACACUCUUGAACAGGGGUAACCGGCCACGUCAGAUACACUUUCUGGACGGAUCAAGAAACGCAUACUCGCGACAGGUCAAUGAUGCGCAGCAAAAAUUCAAGGUGCAGCCAAGCGAGUUUGUACUGGGACCAGACAGCUCAAUGGAGGUUGCAAUCGAAGCCUUGAGUACGUUGCCGGGCAGAGCUUCGCAAGUUAUUAUUUGCCAGGAGUCCUUCGGUCCUGGCACAACGCCAGUGCGCAUCGCUAGAACACUCGCCACAGCAGACUUUUUCACUCCAAAUCUUGUUGCAACACCAUCAUCUCUGGCCUUUAAAUGCAAAGCAAAGGCAACACAGCCUUUCGACGUAGAGCCGAAAUCUUUCUCUCUACGUCCGCAAGAAGCGCUGGAAGUUAGUGUGUUUUUCAAUACUCUCUACAACGGCCGCCAUUCCUCCCGGACAAGGGGCUCACUGGAAAUCACUUUCAAAGAACAUCCAAGAGUAGAUGUGAUGUCACUAGAAGGGGAAACAGAAUUCCCAAAUGUUGAGCUUGAAACCACAAUGUUGGACUUUGGUUUCAUAGUAAAUGAAACUACAAAGAGGAUUCCACUUCGCAUGCGAAACGUCGGAUGCGUCCCGGUGACCUACAGUUGGUUUUUAACAGAUGCCUACUCAUUCAAGGAUCUCAAAAGUGCUGACAAUAGUGAACCUUUAAAUUCGGAAGGUUCAGGAGUACCGAUUCACAAAAUCUUUGACUUCACGCCUUUUACGGGAAUAAUUGAGCCGGGAGCCGUUGAAACUGUUCACGUACGCUUUUGGGGAGUGCCUAACCGCGAAGCUUCCGCUGUAGCCUUGUGCAGCAUAGGCAACGGACCGGAAUACCCAGUACGCCUAAUAGGUCGAGCAUCUUCUCCACGGCUGAAGGUCAGCCAAACCGAAUUCGACUUUGGGGAACUACCGUACCUUAAGCCAGUCACCGCGGAGGUGAUCUUGGCAAAUGGCGGCUUGGUUGACCUUAACUUUGCCGUCGACAUGGAAAGAGUAUCGAGGCCAUGGGCCAUAGACGUUUCAAAGAGGAAGGGACUCAUACGAGCAAAUGAGAGAUUCAAGCUAGACAUAACCUUCAUGACAGGAAUACCGGCGGAGGUCAUUGAACAGAUCUUCGUGGAAGUCGACCACUGCGACCCGAUAGCUGUCACGCUUCGUGGAAAAGGAACAUACCGUUGUCUCCUCAUGGGUCUUCCGCGAGCGCCUGAAGAUGGCGGUUGUGAAGAACUAGACCAGAGAGUUGUCGGCGUUUCUACUGAGAAUGGAGCGGCUCUAGCUGUUUGGCAGCAAGCAGCGGAGGUUGACCGGCAGAAACUUUGUAAAAUUAUGUUGGAACAGUAUAAUGCAGCUGCAACUUCAGUAUCCAGACAUAAUGAACAGUGUACAACGGAUACAGUGAACGGGCCUAGCAGUGGGAAAGAUGAGAGGGAACCGCUUAGGCACGGCUCCAGCUCAUCGUUGUCCUCAGCAUGCUUCACCAACUGGCGGCUUCCUGGCGAGGAAACAUCGUUUGUUGCAACUCCCGGCAAGUAUAUUCUUGAUUUUGGGAGCGUUGUUGUUGGCCAGUCCAAAACAAGGAUAGUGCAACUGCGCAAUAUGUCUCCCCAGACAUUUGGAGUCAAGAUUAGCAAGAAGGACCUGCAAGGGACUGGAUUUCAUGUGGAGCCAGAUGUGAUUAGCCGUUUGCACCCGAAUGAACAAACGACAAUUGCUGUGACGGCCAAACAGGACAGGGAGGGAGAUGCAAAUGUUCUCCUCACAGCUUUCGUCUCUGGCAGUCUGAACUACCAGAUCACUCUUAAAGGCAAAUUUGUUGUGCCGGAUCUGCACUUCUACACAGAUACAUUGGACUUUGGAAGUACCAAAAGGGGACUAUGUAAAACGCUGACACUGAGGCUACGAAAUGAGAAAAGCGUUCCUGCUCAGUGGCGUUACAGGGGUCUCGUUGAUAAGGGUGACAAGGCGCAACGCGAUGCUCUCAAGUGUUUUACCAUAGAACCCAAGCACUCGGUUGUCGAGCCAGGGGAGUGGAUUGACUUAAAAGUCCAGUUCUUUCCAGAAAAGGCGGAAAAGGAAAUAUCCGCCCGACUGAUAUUUUGUAUUGAGGACAACCCCAAGUGGAAAUGCAUAACGGCAACAGGGGCUCCGAAGCUUCAUCGGUUGGAAUUUGUCCCGUCCUUUGUCGAUUUUGGUUACAGCCUUCCCUCACACAUUUUGCGGCAAGAUGUGAUAAUUCGCAAUAAUUCCGAUGAGCCUUGCGAGAUAUAUUCUCUUGAAUUCGACGAGCAGUACAAGCAAACGAAUGCUAUGCUCCUGGACUACGACGGGUUCGACGAAUCAGGCAUUGCCCUGCUGCCCGUCAGACCCCCAGGAAAAGCUUGUUGGUCUAGGGUCCGCAAGGCCGCACUGCAAAAGGCUGUGGUCGAAGGCCCUCCUGCUUCAGAUUUAGAGGGACUCGGUGCAAAAUCUGAGGUUCCAAACAGCGCACGAGGAAGACUGCAAAAUGCACAGAGCGAAGCAGGCCCACAGGAACAGCAACCAGGAGAAAGCAGCAGCGAUGAAUCUGCCGAUGAAGGCCCUCAAAAAUUCCCCUAUAGAGUGCUACCGCCUUGCAGGCAAAGUGCAAUAGUCCUGGGUCCAAUAUGCAGCGGAAAGCGUUCAGUUGCUGCUCACAUAGGAGGCGAGGCCCGGCGGCAGCUCACCCUAGAUGAAUGUGUUGAAUGGGCAAUCGGUGCUUCCGGGAAGAAGAAAAAGCUUGAAUCGGCUGGAUUGGAGAACGCACGACUCGUUGAAGAGUUGAUUAGGUCCAUUGAAGCUCUGGAAGGCGAAGCAGAAGCUACGGGCGGCAAAAAGAAUGGCAAAGCAAAAAUCAGCAAAGGUGACCGACGAGCAGAAGCCAGUAGCCCCGGACUUCCUUUGCACUUACUGGCAGCGGCAGUUAAGCUGCGCGUGGCACAGCCAGACUGCUUUGCCGGUACAGUUUUUCGCGUCGAGCCUAGUUCAUACUGCCCGUCGCUUGCGGAUGGAGCAGUUGCUAUCUUGAGGGGUCUUCGAAACGAAGAUGUCAUGGUUACUAUAAUUAAGUUUGGACAGCCAGAUUGUCCUCAAAACGAAGGGGAGUCUGCUUCCAACCCAUUGUCAGAAGGCAUUGCAUUCUAUAAGGGACUUUUGGCGAAACAACUUCAGAGGGAACGUGAGAUUGCAGAACAGCUGGACUCUGGCAAAGGAUCAGAAGGUGUUUCUAAGUCUUCCACAUCUGGAAUGCAAUCCGACCUAAAAAAGAGGAGACCCCCUACCGUUGCUGAGGGGGAAGGCCACCCGGCAAUUGGGCACCUGACCGAUGGAAACGUUGAAUCUUUAAAGCACGAGCUGCAGUCACUUCAACAGUCGCGCCAGAGGUUUGAAGGCUACAUAAGUACAAGCCGGCUGGCGCAAUCGUUCGUCCAGGACCAGGUUGCAGCCUAUUCGUCUGCAGAGACUGAGCUUCUGAAGGAGUUAAAGACUGAAAUGGAGCAGUCCCCCGUGCCUGUAUCAUCUUGUGUUGGCUCCAGAAGAACCAGCCAGAGGACAUCUCUAGGCUCAUUUCAGCGCCUCAUCACAUUCUCCAUUGGAUUUGCUAAUUCAUCGCAACCCAUAGAAUCUCUGCUUGCACAGCUGCACCCUCUAAGAGAACCCAUAAUUCCUAGUGAACCACCAGUGCCAGCGGCUAAGUUUCUGGAAGUCGUUCACUACCCAUCUUCCUCACCUGCACUGGAACCUCCAGCGAAGUUCUCUCUUUUUGCACCUCUGCCUACAACGGCGAUGGAAAAAGCUGAGGAAGAAGAAAGUAAAAAUAGAACCAAAAAGCCAAAGGAAACGGCUUCCACUGUCACAUCGAGAUCAAAGACCAAGCAGGAAAGAGGCGGAGAAGAUGAGAGCUUAGCUGCACGCCUUGCAGUGGAACCAGGGUUCACAAAGGCAUCAAGGUGGACGUUGCAGCCGCAAACGGAGCAGCGACUGCUCCUCAAAUGCUACGUCGAUGAAGAGGGCGAGCAUGCUUGCACUCUACACUUCGCUGGCGUCUUUGAUUUUGGGCCGCUUCUUGCAGGGCGUUCCACAACAACGGUAAAGUCUCUGUAUUCCAAGAUGUCUUCAGUUGAGGAGAUAGACCUCGUGACGAUUCCGCCGGAGCUUUGCGACUUUAUGACCCCACUAACCUUGCAGAAUGGGUCUCCCUUCACAACCACUGUUAAGGGAAUUUUCGCUGGAACAAAUGGUCCAGAGGUUGGCAUUUGCAACGGUGGCAACAUUUUGACCAGGGAAACCUUGGUAUUUCACAGUCUAAUGCGCGUGGAUAUUUCAAGAACUGUCUUUGUUGAGAAUCCUACUCCUUUUGAAGUCCGAUGGAAUUUCACAGCCCAAGAGGUGCCUUCAAAAUGCUUUUCUUUCGACCCUGAGCAAGGUGGAAUCUUGGGUGCAUUCUCCAGCCAACCACUUAACGUUGUGUACGAGGCUCCUCUAAAGCCAUCUACGGCACAGUGCCGCCUUAGCUUCAGAUGCACAGAUGCCGAGGGAAUUUCAAACGGCUCUGAAGUUAAAGGCAUGCAAAUUUCGGCAGAAGCCUUUUCUAUUGAUGCUGGAAUUGAGCUGCCAUCAAAGACGCGAGCCUUCGAAUUUGGCAAGGUUCAAGCGUACCAGGAGGCCGAGAUACCGUACACCAUAUUUAAUAGGGGGAAAUAUCCCAUCCGUUUUGAUAUUGACCCGAGGCUUCGGAACUUUCUGACGUUAACUCCACAAAACGGUGAAGUUAAGCCAGGGGAGCAACGCAAGGGAAUGGCGCGCAUUAGCGCCAGGCAUGAAGUUGAACUAGCUGGGACAGAUGAACUCGCCGUCACUAUCAAGGACGUUGAAUCGGGUUGCGCCAUGGAGCCACCACAGCCGCCAAUCCAGGUCAUGGCCAUUGUCGCGUUCAAUGAAGUGUCCUUGUCACCACCGCGGGGCCUCAAUUUCGGUCCAGUAGAGAGCGGCAAGACAAGCCUGCUGUACGUUUGUUCCUUCGAACUGGAGAAUAAGGGCCGCUUUUCGUUUGACUGGUACAUGGUCAACCAAGAGUGCAUGUUUACUGCUCCUGAAGAGCCAGCAAGAGGAGCGGAAACCCUUCAGAAGGGGGAGAAGCAAAAGGCAGGGAAGGCCAAGCCCCAGGCGAAGUCUCAAGAGAAGUCGCUCGGAGCAACAUUUGGGCCAUUCAAGAUCGUACCUGUACGAGGCCAGCUAGACCCCGGCAGUAAAACGACAAUUCAAGUCGAGUAUGGAGCUCAGGGAGACGCAUCGCAUUCACUUAACUUAGCACUGCUGGUUAAUGGUGUGAGGUUGGGGCACGCUGACGAAGUCUCCGUGAGUUCUGUCGGCCCCAUGGCUGCGUUCUUCGCCGAUCCCUCUGCCCCCAUAGAUUUUGACGCUUACGGUCCCAUCAGGCCGGCUGCAACGUACUUCAUUCAAGGCCAGAGCAGUGUUCCAUGCAUCAGUCUCGAGCAACAGGUAGCGGACGAGCCAGCAUUUGAUGUACAACCGAAGCGCAUUGUGGUUGCUCCUCACGAUUAUGCCCAUGCUACUCUGUCAUUCAAGCCCACAUCACUUCAACAAUAUAGCUCUUCCCUUAGAAUUGCAGUGGAAAAAUCGGCUAAUCCUCUCACCGGUCAGGCGCAAUUUGAUUUGCGCGGCGAAGGGACCCUUCCAAGCAUAACAUUGGCCUUUCCAGUGUCAGUUGGUCAAAGGGACACAAAACCAAAGUGCCACCUGCCGUACUUUGAUUUUGGGCGCGUCGCUGUCUCGCGGACGGCGACAAUUCCUGUAGUCGCUAGGAACGAAGGGAUCAUCCCCGCUACAGCUCGUGUGCAGCUGCCCCCUUGUGACUCCAUUGAUUUUGACUUGCCCCACUCGAUGACGCUAAAGCCAAAGGAGGAAAGAAAUUUUUCCCUGUCCUACCGGCCGAAAAUACCCGGAGAGCUGGACUACAGAUUCCGCAUCAUGACUCAUGCUAAUCCUUUUGAAAACGUUGAGAUUCAUAUUAAGGGAUGGGCCUUUUCAGAAGAACUUGUCUGGUCUGCGGUGAACCCCCCGAGUCAAACUGGUCUGCGGAUCGGUGACGGGGAACUCCUGGAUGGAAACCACCUCAUGUUUGACGAUGUGCCGCUUGGCAAGACGGUUUUUCACGAGCUUACACUUCGCAACAUUUCGACACAGGCCAUAUCGUUCGACCUAAACGUGGAGUCAUUAGGGCAACUAAAGGAAAAGUUGGUUUUCACGCCUGCAGGAGGGACGCUUGCUCCGAAUACUGCGUGUUCAGUGAAUAUAUCCUUUAAAACUGAAGAACCGAUUAGCGUAACUCGCCACCCAAUCUGCUUCCCAGCUUUCUUUUCGCAAGGAUCAGAGAACAGCUCCAUCUCUUCAAAGGUUCCGCCUAAACUCAAGGGGAAGGCAAAAAACAAGCAGGGGGACUCCAGAUCAGACGGAGCGGCGACAGGGAGAGGAGACGCUCAAUCACCGGAAGAGCUGAUACUGUACAUCUCCGUUGCAAGCGAUAUUCGCCAAUGCGAACUAGGCAUUGAAAGGAUUGAUUUCGAGGCCACAACCCUCUUCAAAUCUCGUCUGUUCUCGUUCACUGUGAGUAAUACCUCUGCAGUGUCCUUACCGUAUGAAAUGUUCUUCGAGAAGGAAGGCGAGCGCGAUGAUCCUGGUUUUUACAAAGUGUCUCCUUGCCGUGGCCAUAUUUCCAGUGGGGGACAGCAGAUCGUGCAAGUAACAUUCUCUCCUAAAGAGAUGGCGGACUUUGAGAGAACCCUCGUUUGUAGCUUUCCGAAUUUAGUUAACGGAUCAUCACGGGUCUCCGUCCCCGUGACCGCCACCGCUAUUCGGCCGAUAUGCCACCUUGAAAUACCUCCGACAGAUUAUCUUGAACGACGCCCACAGAGCUCUGUCCUCGCGCUUUCCGAUAAUGUAGCAGUGCUGGAAAUUGAGGGAGUCGGAGUUGGCGUCCGCCACACUAAACGAAUUCAUGUGCACAACCCGACUGCUUCUGACAUAGAUUUUGAGUGUGAACCCGAGCAUGCUUCGAACGAAAUCGCAGCACUUUCUCCAAGUGCCAACAUAGCGCAGCUACAGGCUGCUGGAUUAGAACUGAAAAUUACACCACUUAGUGGCAACGUAGCUCCGGAGAGUUCCGUUCCGAUUAGGAUAUGCAUGACCCCAUCUGAACAGAAGAACAUAAGCGUCAGUAUUCCCUGCAAAAUCAACCAAAAGUUCCGAGACCUCAGGUUAGAUAUCAAAGGAGAGGGAUACUGCCUCAUGCCUUCCUUGAAACUCGUGGAGGAAGACACCGAACGCGUUCUAGAAGGCGAUUCAGAGAGCUUUGACUUCGGAUGCUUACUGGCUGGACAGAAUAAACAGGUCUUGUUGAAGUUAGGCAACAAUGGAAAGUAUGACUUCAGCUUCAGGUGGAUUACAAAGGAUGCAAGAAACUACGGCGGUGCAGGGAGCAUAUCUAUUCAACCAAUGGAGGACCCAAAGGUAUCGUUCUCCUUUAUAACCCACGAUUUUGGAGCGCUCUUCGUGCCGCAAGCGUCGGAUGUGCCUUUCGAUGGCUUGUCCGUCAAACCUCGCAUAUCCUCUCGAACUGUGCUAAAGAUCACAAAUACAGAUACCUACCACCAGUGCUCCAUAUCUUCGCCCUUUUCACCAACCGACGCUUUCGAUUUCCAGCCACUGCAAGUCAGCUUGUCCCCUGAAGAGGUGUUGGAAAUUCCAAUCACCUUCACUCCUAGAGAAACAAAGCUUUACAAGGCCAAAAUACCCUUCUUCGUCAACGACCAACUCGCUGCCACUAUUCAGCUAUCUGGUAAAGGGAUCCCAGUCAGAGUCGAAGCGCACGCUACUGAGAACGGGAUCGUCAAACUUCAACCAGUCCUGCGCGGCAAAGGAUCAUCCCAAUCAAUCCGCAUCACCAACCAUUCCGAAAAGCCAAUUUCAUUUUACCUAAAGAGUCCAGAUGGGGAGCUCAGCACCAAGGGAGUUAGUUGGCGGCCCGCAUCUUCGCCUUCCUCAAUGAUAAAGCUGUUGCCCAAGCAGAGCAUUGGGACUGAAAUACUCUUCCGUCCCGCGGCUCCAUGCCAAGAGUUUCAGUUACCUUUGGUCGCAGAGUGCUUGGCUGAGAGUGUUCAUGGGCCUCAGGCAGUCCCAGUUUUCCUAUGCAAGAUUUCGGGGAAGUGCUUUGAAACGGAGCUCCGGCUUCGACCCCCAUCAGUGGCAUUUGGUCAGGUUGUUGUUGGAUCGUGGAUGUCCCAAGACGUGCUGUUGUCCAAUAUUGGGGAGCUGCCUAUGACUUUCCGAUUCUCGAAUUCGGAGUCGCAUCCAGGCUUGAUCUCAAUUAGCCCGUCCCAUGGGACAUUACAACCGCGAGCGAAUCAACCCGUUACAGUAACAUUCCGUCCCAUAAAGCCGACAGAGCAGUUCGAGAUAGAUGACAUCAUAUGCUUUGGGCAUGCAGUUUCUGGUCCAAAAGAGCCACAUACAGAGGUGGCGCGCUUGAAUUUCACUGUGACCGGGCAAAGCAUUCCAUUGCCGGCUGAUGCACUUCAUGUGAUUAAAUUUGCCACCAGUCCUACUGGGCCCAUCACAAUCCCUCCUCAACAAAAGGUGCCUCUUCAGCUCACCUACCAUCCAAUGACGAUGACCCUUGAAGCCGGCAGUCAAGAACAAAUCGGCGCAAAGGGAACACGCCGCGCCCUCCCUUCACAGCACACAGCCACACUCUUCUGCGCCCUUCCAGCUGGAGAAGCCUGCUGCAUAAGGAUGAUCGGCACAGCUUCAGAGCCAACUGUGGAGCAAACUGUGGAGACGGUAGCCACCUGCAAGCAACAUACCGCUGUGAAUAUCAAAAUUCGUAAUUGGCUGGAUACAAGACAAACAUUUAACGCUGGCUUUACAAUCUUGCAACCUUCCGGAGGGCAGGGCAUACAAAUUCAGGCUCCCUCCUUCCUCGACAUCGCUGGAGGUCAGGCCCGAGAAUACAGAUUUACCGCGUUUGCACUGAAGCCUUGCAACGCCCUUAUCCGUUUCCAAUUCACAAAUCCAUCGACGGGAGACUUCACACUUGCGGAGGCCAAGAUUCAAUUUACUGAAGGAGGGUGGAUGGACACCAUUUUUUUCGAAGGGAAUAUACGGCAGCUUUUCCGCCACAGACUGGAAAUUGAAAACUUGUCGAACAAGCGUACAACCAUCCAGUGCACAUCGGCUCACCAAGAAGUAACCUUCAGUCCCCAACCUUUCAUCAUUGGUCCUCUGGCAACCGGGGUGCUAGAUGUUUUAAUGCGCGCGACCGCGCCCGGAAAUGGGGAGACAAGCGUCGUGCUAGCUAGCGAGGAAUUGGGCUUGUUCAAGUACCUCGUGAAAUAUGAAAUGCGAAACCCUGGUAUAGAGAAAAGGAUUACAUGCUCGGCACCCCUAGGGAGAGAUACACAGCAGUCUGUUCGCUUCAUGCACUUUGGAAAGAAAGCAAUGACGUAUCAAAUAAGUUUGGAAUGGCCAGCAGAUUCCUUAGCACCUCAAAAGACAUCAGCUCUACAUGAAAUCUUCUCUCUAGAGAGCAAGGGAAUACAAGUGUCAGCGGACACCGAUGGCCAAGGGGUCGAAAUGUGUAUUCCCAUAAAAUUUGUUCCUUCUCGGCUGCAAGAAGUUAAGGCGAUUCUCUGUGCCCGUGGUCCAGAAGGGCAGGAAUACAGAGCGCUUCUAGUUGGGCGUACCACGCCUCCGGAGCCUCAAGGCCCUAUGAAGGUGCCAAAGGGCAAAGGCCUUGCGCUGGAAUUUAAAAACCCACUGGAGACAGCUACUGAAUUUACAGCACAGGUUGACCAGACAGCGUUUGCUUUGGAUAAAAGAUCCUUUCGCCUAGAGCCCCGGAAAUCCACAACUAUCACUGUUACACUUAAAACCGAAGCACGGUCUACAGGCCGGCUCAUGAUAAGCGCUGAAGCUCUGCCAAAAUGGAUCAUUUACCUCAAAACCGACUGA